CCUGGUCCGUCUCUCUCUCGCCAAACCUGCCCUAAACCCUCUACCCUCUCCACCUCCGCUCCUUCCCUCCUCAAAUGGGCUUUCUCCACAGAAAAGGAAGCCCGGAAAGCCCAAGCCCACUACAAAAGACGCUAGCAGGAAGAGGAAGAAGAAGAGUCACGUCUGGAUUCGAGACGAAACCCUAAAAAUCAGGUAAGCCUUUGAUACCUUCUCCUCGUUUUAUUUCUGUCCUGUUUCAAGAUUCCUUUCGAACAUCGCCAAGCUUCCACGCAAGGUUAUAUACACCCCACUUGGAAAAGGAUUUUCUUGGUUAUUAUGUUUGCCGGAUUUCUUUCGUUGUUGGAGUGCGAUCGAUAUAAUAAUAGUAUCAGGUUGAGAUCCACCAUUAUUUUCUCUGAAGAAAGCCCAAAACAACUCCACCUCCAGAGGAAGUAGCAAUGCUACCCACAGGAUUGAAAGAAAAUCAAAGCCGUGAGAACAAUAACCAAAAGGUCCAUCCUCAACCCAUGGAAGAGAUGGCAAAUCAGGAUGCCAUGGAAACCCUGGUAUCAAAGAUUUUCACAAACAUCUCCUCUUUGAAAUCAGCCUAUAUCCAGCUCCAAACCGCUCAUACCCCUUAUGACCCAGACAAGAUCCAAGCUGCUGAUAAGCUUGUAAUCGAAGAGCUCAAGAACCUCUCUGAGCUCAAGCAUUCCUACAGGGAUAGCAACCCAAAACCCACUUCUGCUUCAUCACAGGAUUCCCGAUUAGUUGCAGAAAUCCAAGAACAACAGAGCCUGUUGAAGACCUACGAAGUGAUGGUGAAAAAAUUUCAGUCCCAGAUUCAGACAAAAGAUUCCGAGAUUCUCCAACUACAGCAGCAAAUCCAGGAAUCGAACCAGCGGAGGAUGAAACUCGAGAAGAGUCUCAAGCAGAGGGGCUUACAAGGCAAAGAAUCAGAAGAAUCAGAAGUGGAAAAUGGAUUCUUCUCUAUGGAAUUAACCCCGAGUCUAUUUUCCUCCGCUGUAGAAGCAACCUACAAAUCCAUCCAUGAUUUCUCAAAGCCAUUGAUCAAUCUGAUGAAAGCAGCGGGGUGGGACCUCGAUGCAGCUGCAGGCGCAAUCCAACCUGAUGCCGUUUACAUGAAAAGGGCCCACAAGAAGUAUGCAUUUGAAUCCCACAUCUGCCAAAGAAUGUUCAGUGGGUUUCAUGAGGAAAGCUUCUCUGUUAAGUCAGAUGAUCUCACAUUCUCAAAGGACAGUUUCUUCCAUCAGUUCCUUGCGCUGAGGGCAAUGGAUCCAUUGGAUGUUCUGAGCCAGAACCCAGAUUCCAUUUUCGGGAAAUUCUGCCGGGGCAAGUACCUAUCGGUCAUUCAUCCGAAGAUGGAGGCUUCUUUCUUUGGGAAUUUGGAUCAGAGGAACCAUGUGUCGAGCGGUGGACAUCCACGGACACCCUUCUACCAGGCCUUUCUGAAGCUAGCCAAAUCGGUUUGGCUAUUGCACAGACUUGCGUUUUCUUUUGAUCCCACAGUGACAGUCUUUCAGGUGAGGAAGGGGACGGAGUUCUCAGAGAUUUAUAUGGAAAGCGUUGUGAAAAACAUGAUCAUAGGCGAGGGAGAUCAAAGGCCAAAGGUGGCAUUUAUGGUCAUGCCUGGUUUUCGGAUUGGGGGUAGUGUGAUACAAUGCCAGGUUUAUCUUUUGGGUGCUAAGUGUGCCGAAUGAGAUCUAAUACGUGAGGUGGUCUUGCUUGCGGUGUUUGAUGUUUUGUUGAUCCAUGCUUUCCAUUUCCUUUACUGUGGUAUAUAUGGUUGCUAUUUCGUUGUCAUAAUCAUAGUUUGAGAGGAUGGGAAUUUGUUCCUUUCCCGUUGGCUGGCUUUUGGCAGUUUGAGGGGAUUCUUCUUUGCCUUUGUAAAUUGUAGGGAAGAGAAGGGAUUAGCUAGAAGGUGGCCCUUUUGGUGUGUUGUUGUGUCCUUGCACUGUUAUUGUUAUCUAAAAUUAGUACUGUUUAUAUAUGUUGAUUUGAAUU